UAUGGCCACUUAACGUCGGCGGCGGACCUUGGCGCUUAGCGAGCGGGUUGUUUAGUGUCGCGGGAGUCGUCGCGCCGAGACCGUCCGCUGCGUCGAGCCGUGCUCGGGGAAUACAUCGAUGAGCUCGCCUGUGGCGUUUCCGUGUCGACACGUUUUUUGUCCGCGUCCGGCGGACGAGGUCGUUCGUCGCCGGCUAACCGCCAGCCUUUGCUAGCCGCGAAGCCCAGCCCGCAGCCGGACCGAGGACGGCCCCCCCUGUCCCGCCACCUACGCCGUAAACACACGGCGACAGCACCGCCCGGCAAAGGCGACGACGCGUCGGUCGUUGAAGCUAAAACAAGUGCUCCGCCCGGUGACCCCCGAGCCCUAAAUGCCCGAACAAGGCCCCAGGAUGAAUGGCUUUUCUCUCGGCGAGCUGUGCUGGUUGUUUUGCUGCCCGCCGUGUCCCGGUCGCAUCGCGGCCAAGCUGGCCUUCCUGCCCCCGGAGCCCACCUACUCCGUCCACACGGACGCCGCCGGCGCCGCCAGCCUGCACCUGACCGAGCGCGCCGACUGGCAGUACUCCCAGCGCGAGCUGGACGCCGUGGAGGUGGUGAGCACGCGGAGCCGGCGCGGGAACCGGGUCAGCUGCAUGUUCGUGCGCUGCGCCCCCGGCGGCCGCUACACGCUGCUGUUCUCCCACGGCAACGCGGUGGACCUGGGCCAGAUGUGCAGCUUCUACAUCGGCCUCGGCUCCAGGAUCAACUGCAACGUCUUCUCCUACGACUACUCGGGCUACGGGGUGAGCAGCGGCAAGCCGUCGGAGAAGAACCUGUAUGCGGACAUCGAGGCGGCCUGGCAAGUUCUGCGGAACAAGUAUGGCGUGACUCCUGAGAACAUCAUCCUUUAUGGUCAGAGCAUCGGCACAGUGCCCACGGUGGACCUGGCGGCUCGUUACGAGUGUGCUGCUGUCAUCCUCCAUUCUCCGCUCAUGUCAGGGCUGCGUGUGGCCUUCCCCGAUACCCGCAAGACCUACUGCUUUGAUGCUUUCCCAAGCAUUGACAAGGUGUCCAAGGUGGCGUCCCCGGUGCUGGUGAUCCACGGUACGGAGGACGAGGUGAUCGACUUCUCUCACGGCCUGGCCAUGUACGAGCGCUGCCCUCGCGCCGUGGAGCCCCUCUGGGUGGAGGGCGCCGGCCACAACGACAUCGAGCUCUACGCUCAGUACUUGGAGAGGCUCAAGCAGUUCAUCUCCUUCGAGCUUCCCACCUCCUGAGACCGACCGCCUCGGCGCGGGGCUGCAUCUCAACACUCUCAAGAAGGCCUCCUCAUCUUCUAAACUCCCUUUAAGCAGAUGGACAGAAGUGGACACGGAGGAGGACAGUGUCUGGUUAGGACUGAUCAUCACAUCGCCCUCCUCGGUGCGAGGAGCCAUUUGCAGUUCCGUAUGUGAAGGAGAAUGAAGACGAGAUGACUUUGAAUUGUUAAGAUGUAGCCUGGGUUCGGGCCAGGCCUAGUCCACCGUAGGCCAAUUCCUUGUAGUCCAUACGCUCAUAUGUCCGAGCUGGGCCUGGUUUGCCCGGAGGUGAGGGGCUGUUAAGUGUUUGCACUUGAUCCUGGAUCUGGACUCAACUCCCGCCCUCGGGUGCGCGCAGCUUUUCUCUUUCAUUUCUCGGCUUGUUGUCGUCGACUUCGACCUCUCUGGUGAGGCGCGUCUACAACUACAACUCCUGUGUCGCAGUUUCAGUCUCGGCCAUUUUUAAGUUGCUGACUACUCCAUUUCACAGACGCAGUCCUCUCUUCUGCGUAAGAGACUUUCUGAUGAUGAUGAUGAUGAUGAUGAUUAUGCUUGAUUUUUGUUUUUUCUAUUAUUUUGUACCUGAUGGAAGAUUAUCAGAAUUCACACCUCAGAUAUACAUUUUCUUCUUCUUCUUCUUCUUCUUCUUCUUCUUCUUCUUCUUCUUCUUCUUCUUCUUCUUCUGUGUUAUAAUUUAAAAAUCAGGGUUGGUUGUACACAUGCACUUUUGACGUGCAGAUGUUUUCAGGUAAUGGUUCAUUUUCCAGAUGUGUUUUUUAUCGUUUGUUUUUCUUACGAAAAUUUGCAUUCCAGGUUUUUCUGCUUUCCAGAGAAACGAAAAAAACUACUUUGUGCGUGUGUGUACGUGCGUGCGUGUGUGUGUGUGUGACUCAGUGUGCUCCCUGUGCAUCUACUGUGUGUGGCGGCUGGUCUUGCUAGGUGGAGGUCUUGUGUAAUAAGCGCUGGACGGCGGUAUCAGACAGAACCACAGCUGCCCGGGAGCACGGCGCUGGGUUCACCCGCGACCGCAAGAGGCGUUUGUUUACAACAUCUACAUGUACCCUCGUUGAUCUGUGAACCAUCCCCCCAUCCCAGGACCGCCACUCUACACGCCGCCCGCCACCUGUCUGUCUGGUUUCGGGCGUGCACGUAUCUUAGUCGAGUCAUUUGGCACUACGAAGCAAAGCCUUAGGUUUGUGGACGUCCCUCCCAAACGCUCCCGUCGACUCUGGCGGGCUCUCCAGAAGAACCCGCGUCUGCUGCUAUUCGUUAGAGGAAUCAAGUCCAUCACUGUGACAACCCCACUGCUUGGAAGAAAACCCGAAAUGACGACAAGGGUACUAAAACCAAAUGGACUUUGAUCACUUUUUACCCCACCCCACCCCCCCCCUUUUGUCUUUCCUGAGCCAAGUCACUCCUCUUCAUCCUCUGUGGUCGGGUAUUGGAGCCAUGAGUGGUUGAACACCAGGAUUAUUAUGCCCCCUUCUCCACUACACCGGCUCGGCUCGACUCGCUUCUGUGUGGUUUUCCAUUACCGUAACAGCGCCCCCUAGGUGUAGCCGGAUUUUCGGCUCUCCAUCCCCCCCCCCCAAAAUUUCAUAAUGAAUUCAAGAUUUCGACCGCUUCGGUGUUUAAAAAUGGCGGAUGAUAGCCCAUGCGCGCAUUGAUGACGCAAAAUGACGCGUGACGGUCUCUGACCAAUCAGAGGUCUGCAUUGAUUUUGGUUCCCGCUCCAGUUUUUUUUUUUUUAACCUUGACGAAGUUGGUACCAGAAAAGCUACCAAAGCGCGGGUACUUUCCAGUAAUGGAAAACGGAAGGAAAAAGGUGGAGCCGAGCCGAGCCGGGACACGUAGCGGGAAAGGGGCAUUAGACGGCCCUCAUCCCGGUUCUCACUCCAAAGACCCGCGUUGUUAACCAGGAAACGGGAGCGGGCCGCUCCGGCAAUAAUGAACGCGCGCGCAGAUGACGUCAUAGUGGCGCGGGCGCGUACGCGCGUGUUGAUUGUAUCGCUGUCACGCUGUUGCAAAUGAAGGAAGGAACAACGAGUCGGUUUGGUUUGAACCGGAAGGAUUUGUGUGUGAAGGAUGGAGGCGUAGGCAAGCCGAGCAUCGUCUUGAUUUUUCCGUUGCUGUUGAUCGGUUUUCCAGCCGCCUUCCGUUCCGCCGUUCAGCCGCCGGGGCUGAGGCGGUUCGGAGGACGUGCUCCUCAGCACGUUUUACUGUAGUCCCUCCCGUGAAGGGCAGGGAAACCCUGCUUUAGUCCGAAUUAUUGUUUUGAUACUGACGUUUUUACAAGGUUUUCCAGUAUAAAUGUUGAUAGGUUUACACUGUGUUUGAAAAUGAUUUGUAAGGUUAAUCCUAUGUCAUGUAAUACUUCAGAUAUCUCCUCUAUACAUAUACAUACAUAUGCAUAUAUACAUAUAUAUAUAUAUAUAAGCCCCGAGUAAAGGGUCCUUCUAGUCCUCUUGAUUUUAACACUGGAGCUGCAAUAUGCAAAUCAGACACAGAAAGGCAAGUAGAAUCAGAUUUCGGUGAAGGUGUAAAAACAACAACAACAACAGCAGACCGAAUAAAAGCCUUAAAUGUGCCGUGAAAAUAAACUGUUAGUAUGUGUGUUGCUGACCCAACACAACACUGGAUGUUUUAAUGCUCAUUAUGGAAUAAAGGAUGCA